UGGACCGCUUUUCCUUCACACAGUUGAACUCUACGUGGGCUAUUUUCCAUCACCAAGUGUCUUCUGAAUUCGAAAUUGACCGGCUCGUCGGAGAGCGGAGGGACUGUCCUUUGAUGCCCGAGGCAAAUUUCUAAGGGAAUCUGCCAAAAAAGGGACAAAAUCGCGGGUUGAAAGUGGCCUAUGUCAACGGUUUCUCGACACUAGGGAGGGCCUUUCAACGUGCACAAGAAGUGGAUUUUUUUGUCAAUGAACGGAGCUCCUGUGACCAAGAUUGGUGCUGGAAAUUUAAACUGAUGCGCCACUUGGCAUACAGGAAAUUCAUUAACAGAUGACCUAACAGAACUCAUUCACGAAAAGGUGCCGAAAGGGAGAGAGUACAUGGGGCAAAAUCAUGGCUAAAUUCCUGGACAAAGAUCCGUACAUCUACGAACAAGAACGUUAUGCGUUUACCAACCAGCUCCGUCAGUUUCACGCAACGAAAGGGACACCAUUCUUUCGUUUGCCGACAAUUGCUGGAAAGACGUUGGAUUUAUAUCUGCUGUAUAGCAAAGUCAUUGCUUGGGGAGGUUUAGCGAAGGUCACUGAACAAGGAAAAUGGGAAACCUUGCAGGAGUAUUUUGGCAUCCCAGCUACCUGCGGUCAUGCAAUCUAUGCUCUGCGACAGUUCUACGUCAAAUACUUGGAGUCCUAUGAGAGGAUCCAUCACCAGGGGGAAGAUGCUGAGGAGGUAUUACGUUCACGUUCCCGGCUUGCCACGCCGUCGAGCGUGCCACAGAAGAGGAACAUGGACACGAGGAGAGGCAGGGAGAUCUCGGACCUCGUCCGCUCAAAUGCAGGCCUGUGCACAAAGAAGCCACGCAUCUCUGAAUAUGACAAGAUCAUGUUCUCAUUACAAAGCGGUCUGCCUAACGAGGUAGACUUUGCCAUUAACGUUUGCACACUGUUGUCUAAUGAGGGACGGCAUGUCCUACACCUCGAGCGGGCAGUGAAAUUGAUUGAUCUACUCCUUGCACACUGCGGAGUGUUCUACGAAGGAGCUGGAGGUUAUAGGUCCUUGUAUCAGGAGGAUUGGAAACCUACCACAGAGCGUGACUUUGUGACGUUCUGGUAUGAUACGGUGACUGACAAUGAUAUACGGGAGAUCAUCGGACCAGACACUCUGAGAACAAAAGGUCACUGUAAAGUCAAAGAUGCUGAUAUGUUCACUGUGAGACAGAUGGGACUUAAUGAUAUCGAAGGACAACGGAUACUUCAGGUCGCUGUCAUCCUGAGGAAUCUAUCUUUCGAGGACCAUAAUAAGAAAGUGAUGGCAGCCCAUAGGACCUUCUACCGGUUUCUUCUGCUGUGUAUUCACAAUAGCUGCUCAGCAUUACAGCAGCUUGGCAUGGACACAUUAAGCAAUAUAGCUGAAGAGUUUAUCUUGGAUCCCAUUGAUUACCGGAGUACACAGCUAAUGUUUCAUACCAUAGAUAAAGCAAUGAAAAACCAGGACAAGUUCAUCAUCCUAAGAGCAAUGGAAGUGGUAGAGAAGCUGUCUCAAGUUGAUUCCAACAUGGCGAUCAUCCGUCAGUGUAUGGAGGAGAGAGUCUACCGUUCCAUCAUCAGCCUCCUGACGAUACACGACGUGCAGCUUCUUCUAGGGGCCUUAGAAGUCCUUCUAGCGCUGUCACACAGGGGGGAAAUAUUCUGCACCAGGAUUGCUACUAUUGAGAAGAGUGUUGAUGUCCUUGUGUGCCUGGUAACGUUAGACGCACAAUCACUUGGUGCGGAUGCAUUCCUCGGGAUUAAGAUCGUUGACCACGCCCCUGAUGGUGUCCAUCAUCCGAUCGUCACUAUGGCGAGGUACCAGCCAGUGUCACAAACGCCGCCCCCUUCUAACGCAGCGGCUCAUACACCCCCUCACCAAGUCUCAAGACCAGUACAACCGCCAACGACACCCUCACCUGCCCCCGCUGCCGUUCAAAACCCUCAAAUCAACAGAGAUACUGAAAAUGAGAAGUUCACAUGUCAGUGGUUGCACUCGUUUUAUGAGGCAGACAGUGAGGGCUCAGUCUCAAGGCUAGACCUGUACAGUGACUACCUGUCAGCCUGCAGUAAAGCUUCCAGAGUAAACAUAGUUACCUCAACAAACUUUGCAACCUGCAUCAAAAUGGUGUUUCAAGCAGCUGGAUUUCAACGUGCUGAAACGGAGACCGGACCCCAGUUGUUCAUCACAGGUAUGCGCAAACGCAUCCUACCGCUCCCUUUCAACUGGCAGAUGUACCGCCAAAGCCUCCAAGCAUCCCCAAAUUACCAACCUCAGCUAGGAGGACCCCAGUCCAACCUCGCCUCUAGCAUCAUGCAAAGGAUGGCCCAGAGGCUAUCCCCCUCGCCUAGUGGCAGCUCAACGGCGGGGACCUCUCAACAAUGGCUGUUAAACCAAGGAGUGGCAAGCCCCGGGAGUAGUCCGAUGCUCCCGAUGUAUCGCCCUGGAAUGAUGCCUGGUGGUUCCGGGACUAACGCAGGAAGCUCCACCCAGCUGCAGCAAUUGAUAUUGGGACACCGACAGCAGAGCCCUGGAGCCUCACAGGGAACUACUCAACCACAGUCUAGCAAUCAGGUUGAUGUUGGAGUAGCUCCAGGCUUCCAAGUCAACCAGCAACAAAUGCAACAGCAGCAGCAGCAGCAAGUAUUAAUCUCUCCGAUGAGUUUCCCAAAAGGGAUGCAACAACAGCAAGUCCCAAAUGCAAAACCUGUACCUACAAACUGUCCACCAAAUAUGGUACAAGGAGUGCCAGACAAAGCAAGCUCAGCUGAUGACUCUGAUAUGUUGUCUCCUCAAGGAAGCCUAGUCAACCAAGCUGGUGUCCCAAACGCUUUCCUGCAGAAUCCUCUUCCCCAGCACAGCCAGACCAUUGCAAAUAAUGACCCAAGUAAAAGUCCCGGUCGAAGCCCUUCCUCGCCAUGUAGAGCACCUCCACCUUACCGGCCCCGCAGUCCAGCCGGUAGCGGCAGCAAGUCGAGUGUACCUACCUCCAGUGUCCUUAACUCUGAGACAACCAUCUCAACCGCCUCCAAGAUACCCAGUCCAGCAGUAACUGUUGCCACAGAGGUACUCCAAGAAGGAGAAGUCAAGAUUGAGAAGAUACCCAACAUCCAUGCCCAGCUGCCGUUGGAUACAAACCAAGUGCCCACCACAUUUCCCCAACAGGAAUCUGAGAACUUUACCACAAACUCCAUUCCCUUAUUGCAAACUAAGACUCCUGAGAAUAGCGACCUGGCUUCUGCACAGACAAAUCAUCCUGUAGUUUACAAUGCAAAUCAACAAGCCUUACCGCAGGCACAUCAACCUGCUGUGGUGAAUAACUCAGUGGACAUGAGUCCAGGUCAACAGGCUUUGAACAUUCCACAGCAACAGCUGUAUAUCGCACAGCAGCAGCUGCAGAGUGCUAAAGGGAUGCAUAUUAACCCUUCAGGGAUACAGCUCAGUGCCCAAGGAAUUCAGAUUGCUCCCCAAAGGCAUCAGCAACAGGGUAAUAAUACACAGGGAAUCCAGGUGCAAAUGCCAGCAGGUCAGGUCAAGCAGUGGGUCCAACCGCAAGGAUCCCAACCCAAUGCACAGGGGGCGACGUUGAACACUGGCGCAACGGGAAUCGUCGCCACAAAUGGUUUCAAGGGGUGCCAACCCAACAUUCAUCUUGUCCAGCAAGGAGUGCUGUCGGGUACUCAGGGAAUUCAGCUUGUCCAUCAAAACUCUCUUCCUGUGCAGACCACACUAAGCAACUUCCACAUUAAGCAACCCGAUGGCCAGGGAGUGUCACAGAUCAUCUCGCAGCCUGCUCAAACUCAGCAACAGCAGUUUAUUGUGAGUAAUUGCGCUGGCCCAACCAAAAAUGGAAGUCAAGUGUAUUCUGCGUACGCCGUUGUGCAGAAUAUCCAGCGAAAUGUUCCUAAUGUUCUUGGGCAAGUCGCACCCGGUAAUCCUGGUCAGGCAGCGCAAGGAGGGGUGCAGCCACCAACAGGAAGUACAGCGACCUAUAUUCCAAUUCAACCCAAGUUGACUGGGCAGCAACAGCAGCAGGUUGUGCAACAGCAGCAUGUUGUGCAGCAGCAGAAUGUUGUGCAACAGCAGCGUGUUGUGCAACAGCAACAGCAGUAUGCUGUGCAACAGCAACAUGUUGUCCAACAGCAACAACAUACGGUACAGCAACAGCAGCAUGCAGUUCAGCAGCAGUGUCAUUUUGUUUCACAACAGCAGCCUGUUCAGCAGCAGCAGCAACAGCAGCCUCAGUACAUUUUAACCAGUGUCCAAGGAACCCUGCCGCAGCAAUCAUAUGCAGUCUCAACAAUUGCCAAUGCUCAGCAGCAGCAACAGCAACAAGCUACCUUUACUGUGAACGUAGGGACAUCAGCAACGUAUCCUGCUGUACAAUCUGCCGUCAAACUCUGUCCACAGUAUACAACUUCCCAGUCCAACCAAUCAGGCAACACUGUUACCGUCAAUCAUGCCCAACACCAAAACCAGCCACACAUUGACUCUCCUUUAAUUAAACAACUCCUACAAUCAGGCUCGGCAGUGCAACCGCCUAGCGCCAAUCAUUUACCCCAAACCCAAGUCAGCAAUCCCAACAUGCAGAACGCCGUGCAGUGGGUCGUUCCACAGAACCCCAGUGGGGGUGUUAUGCCAAGCUAUGACAACUCAGUACAGGGACUUGUCAAUAUACAAGGAGCAAUAGGGCAGCCGAUCAUGCCUCAAGCCUUUGCAGUGAAUCCAACUUAUACCCAAUUAGGGCAGUCUACCAAUCAACAGACGGCAAUGCAUUUCAUUCCACCCUUGUCUGCAUCUCCGAGCCCUACUGCAAGUCCAGCUUUGAGUUGUAGUUCUUCAUCGAGUCCAAGCUCAACUAGCAAAUCCGGCACGUUAUCACCGCUGCACAAGUCCGAGAAAAAGUCGAAAUCAAAAUCACACAAAUCUAAAAAAUCUUCUAAAAAGAAAAAAUCUAAAUCUAAAUCAGGCACCCGCAGUCCACCAAACCUUUGCUCAAAGUCGAAACAUAUUAAAGACAUUUCAGAUGAGCAGGAAAAAGAGGAGAGCAUCCAAAUGGUUGAGAAUUCAUCGCUGGACAAGGAUAAUGCAGAUCAUGCUCAAGAUAACUCAAACACUUGCAAUAACAAAGGAUCGUUAGAACUCACAACGCAGAAAUUAACAAACAGGAUAGGGGUAACUGAUGUAAAUGAUUGUACACCGAAGCCCACUUGCAAUGGGUCGGCUACAAAUGAUAUCACACAAUCAUAUGAGAUUCAAAAACUUAAAUCCAAACUGGACGAGGCAUCUUUGAAACUACCACUCCUGAAUGGAUAUGGGAGUGGAGAUGAACUCGAUAAGAAACAAAAGGAUGUGGUGAUCCAUCGGGCAGAGCUCCUCUUGGAAAACUCUGGCAUGGAGCUUGACAGGGACCUCAAAAUUCAGAGAGAAAUUGAUGACGUGGGACUCACGGACAGAACUUGUAACUUGAACCAUGGGGCAGAGUCUGUGGAUAAGCAGUGUUCAAACAACGUCAUGAACGGUGACAUUCCAGAGAAGUUAAAAAACAACAGCGAAAGCGACGUAGACUCAUUAUUACACUCCAGAGAUAAACAUGGGAUCGAUGGUGAGUCUGUUAGAGUUUUUGCAAAGGAUGACGCCAAGUUGUCCGAGGAAUGUGAGGAGAGUCAAGAAGCAGCUGUUAAUAAUGAAAUCAACAAGGAGGAACCAAUGGACCAAAGCGAUUCAAAGCGAGACAGAGACUCUGAGUCCGAUAGUGGGAUCGUUCUAAAUGAAAGGACAGGAUUUAUGUACGAUGUCUCGGGGACUAUCAUUGCCAGAGAGUCAAACUUAAACGUGCCAACCACUGCAAAUAAUUUAAGUAAUAAUAGUAAUCCCCAACUUCCAGUCAUUUCAGAUAAGGGGAGUCUAGCCAAUAACUUACCUCAUGAGGUUCUCAUGGAAGGCACCAUGUGUUCUCAAAAACCAAAGUCUCCAUUAGAAAGUACAGUGCAACCCACAAGCGGCCUAAACUCACAGUCGAAUGAAUCCGUACACAAUGACGGUCAAACUGCUGGUGUUGAAAUGAACUCCCAAAACUCUGACCAAACGUCACAAAGUCAAACGGGCAAUUCACUGCCAGUUUCCCAAGAGAAGGUCCAAGUAAAACAUAAACCAUCUGAAACCAAGUCGGAAAAGAGUUCAAGCUCAAAAUCCAAGAAGUCCUCGUCGGACUCGAAGCACAGUUCAGGAAAGCAUUCAAGACAUAGUUCGGAUUCGAGCUCGAGUAAAAAACGGAGGCGGUCAUCUUCCUCAUCAAGCAGUUCCCAUCACCGUAAAUCGUCGUCGUCGUCGAGUGAUAAGUCCAAACAUCACCACCACCAUCAUCAGCAACAGCAGCAGCAGCAACAACAAGAACACCAGCAACAAUCUGAGGCAGACAUCUGUAUUUGUGACUGGAGUGGAUGCAGAAGGAGUUUCAAAACAAGGAAAUCGCUUCAUGUACACACAAGUACAGCUCACGUGAUGAUCCCUACCUACAGAGGUCUGUGUGAAUGGGAGAAUUGUGAUAACAUUCAGAGGCAGAGAUGGUCCUGUGUAAGCCAUAUACUGGACAAACACUGUACAGAGCAGGCGCUGCGGGCAGCGGCUGAGAGACGCCAAGGGACUUCAACACCAUCAUCAACCAGUGCGUCAGGGACACUCCCAACCCCUAUUCUGUACAAUGCGCACACUGCCUACCAUGCCAUUCGCAGGAGUCUCCACACACCUUCGCUCAAAGACCUCUUGGGUGAGUCUGAAGGGCCAGUGACCAAGAGCAUUCACAUUACGGCAGCCCUUGUGCUGAAAAACAUGGCCACAUAUUCUGCUGAUGCCAGGAGUUUGCUUCGUCGGCAUGAGGUCCACCUUGCCAAGUUAGCCAUCAGCAAUGCGGAAGCCUCUUCAACAUUAGCCAAGUGUGUCGGUGAACUCAACGACGAGAGACACCUGGAAUACGAUGACCUCUCGGAUGAUUCCUCUGACUCUUGACCCCAAGGUCACCGCCAACGAGCCUCCCCUCUCCCCUGCCCCCUUUGAAGAGCCUGCGAAGCUGACUCAUUUGUCUACCGUGAACUUUCACGACUAGGUGUGUGUGUGUGUGUGUGCAGCAAGAAAGAGUCUGGCUGACUGCUUCACAAAAAGAAACCUGUGUCUUCAUAUGACCUUUGACCUCAGAUGCCCCCAUAUCUGUCUACCUGUUGCUGCUCCAGAAUGCUCAAGCUACUUGCAGAAUGUUCACGCUCCGAGUCGAUGAUAAAACAAUACAUCUUGAUUCUUGACUUGAGUGUUGAGAUGCUGGGUUGAUCUUGGACCUAGACCAGAUCGGGCAUACUAUGUGAACGAUUUCAAAUUGUAACCUCUCAUCAGUGGUCAACUAACUUCAUUCCGCUAAAUAGCGGCAGAAUUGAUAUCCAGGACCAGCAGUGUUUCUUCUUUUUGUUUUGUUUUUCAAUCGUUGGAUAUGCAUUACUUUUUUUGUUUUGAGUUACUUUUAGACUGUCUUGUUGGAAUGCAGUUUGUGAAUCGUAGAAUAGGACACAUAGACUAUAGUUCAUAAAAGGUGCCUUUGAACUGCCGUUCGAUGGUCUCAAAUCCAUAGCUAAGCAUCUCAGUUGUAGUGGGGGGAAUUUUGAAUCUAGUUUUAGUGUACUUUGACACCUAAAGAGGGUUUGCGCGAUACAACUACACCACAAACAAACGGAGUGUGCUAGUUUGCAGAGCUUUUGUUGUGUGAAAGCAAUCGUUGGCAACUACUGCACCAAAUGGACAAGGCACCAAUUAAGGUUUAAUUGUUUUGUGCGGUGUCUUCAACAUGCAAUAUCCAUGGAAAAAAUUGUAGAAAUAAGAGGCUGAUAGUAGUCGAAUUGGCAUGGAAUUAAGUAACUCUUGAGUCAGAUUUUGUUUUUGUUUUUUAAAUGAGUAUUUAUUUAUUUCUCGAUCUCAAUGCACUCCUUUCAGAAUUGCACCUCUCAAAAUGUAAAAAAAAUAAAUCUUUUUUGUAAAUUUUCCUUUUUUUGUUUCAUUUAAAUUUAGGCUAUAGUUCAGAUUUAGGGAAAGAGACUGCAAACAAAUAUACUUUGUUGUAAAAAAACAUAGGAUGCGUCAACUAAAGCAACUAUGAUUUUGGCUUUGGUGUUAAAACCCCUAUGCAAAAUCCUUGUGUCAGGUGAUUGACUUGUUUUGUGCCAUGGGUGAAUUUCCCAAUUUGAGUAUUACAACUCCGCAGUUGGGCUUUGGUAAUGGGCCUGCUGGUGCCCUCGAGGGAAUCUUUCCCCAGGAGAUUCUUGGGCUGGUGGCGGUUGAUUGAAAAUAGGGCGCUACCAGAAAUUUGUACACAGGUCGCCAUGUGGGGGACAGAAUCUCCUGCCCACACACCAGCUAGAGCUCCAACUAGCUCUGUGACCAAAAUAAGGGAAAUGUUCAUUAGUGCCAGAAACCCUCAUUCCAAAAUUGAUGUCCUUUUUGCAGAGGUUUCUUGUCGGCUUGCCAGUAAGGAAAGGGACUCUACCUGGGUUGGGGUUUUAUCAGGCCACAGACGUCAAUAACACUGGUACAUUCUGGCCCUCCAUGAGAAGUUUACCUUGGGUUAAAAGAGUAAGCGUGGGUAAAACAAUGACCGUAAAGUGGCCGACCCGCUUCUUAGGGGGAGGGAAGAUAAGGGGGUUUCCAAAAACCUAAUUGUUAUUGUCUAAUUUUCUCCAUUAUGCAGGUCCACAAUCUUUCAAUAGACAGUCUAAGACCCCUUGCAUAUGACGUCACAAUCUCAAAACAGUCCCCUCACCGAUGAGGUUAUUGAAGACCUAUCUUGGGCUGAAAGUUGAGCACUGCGCAUACACAUGCCAGGUUACCAUCAGUUGCGUCAAAGAUGGUGGCCACUGCAAGGCGGUCUAUUGGCCCCUUGCAUUUUGGGCAAUGCUGCUGGUAUGCUGAGGUCAUGCGCACGUUUGUUCAAACCAAGAGCAGCUGUCGUCCAAUGAUCUGCCCCCUAUAUUGCCUCAUUGAGGCACUGUGUUAACAGUUUGGCGUCAUAUUGGAGGGGCCCAAUAGUUAGUUUGUUGUAACUAAACCGGUUGAGUAUGUGUGCUCCAUCCAUGAAACCAAUGUUGUGUCAUCCCUGUAUGUCAACCAUUUUGAAUAUUUUAUUAAGCACUAUGCCCAUCGUUACGUGGCCUUUUAUCUGGACCAAAUGAUAGGGAAGGGCGUCCUUGAUGGUCUCCUGCGCUAUUAUAGCAAAUAUUAUAGAAAUUUUGUGAAAUGAAAAUUUUUUCAAAAGGUUGUAAAUAAGUUGUCUUUUUGUACACCCAUGUUAAUACAUUGUACUAUAAGAUUGGAAUACCUUAUUUUAUGAAUCAUGUCGCUGAGGAACAAGAAAGCGUUCUCUCUCUUCAGGAUAGAUUGAGAGAGUUCAUUGGCAAAAUGUUCAGUUCACCGCGGCGUCAGAGUUCCCCAUUUCAAAAUAAUGUAACUCAAGUGAAAAAGGUUCACAGGGGACACCUAGAUAAUUAAGCAUGCAAAACUAACAAUUUGGUUGCCUUUAAAGGCAGUGGAAACUAUUGGUAAUUGUCAAAGACUAGCCUCCACAGUUGGUGUAUCUCAACA